AUGUCAGCUUUAUUACCAAGAUUUCUCACAAGAACAGCUAUUAGAGCUCCUGGAAAUCCUCUGAGGCUCUCCUCAGUGAUUUCUAGGGCCUUUUCUCUAACUGCUACUUCCUACGCAGCUGCUUUUGAUCGUUCCAAACCGCAUGUAAAUAUAGGUACGAUCGGCCAUGUUGAUCAUGGGAAGACGACUUUGACCGCAGCCAUUACCAAAACUUUAGCUGCAAAAGGUGGUGCCAACUUCUUAGAUUAUGCUGCCAUUGAUAAGGCUCCAGAAGAAAGAGCUCGUGGUAUCACAAUUUCCACCGCUCACGUUGAAUACGAAACGGCUAAGAGACAUUAUUCUCACGUCGACUGUCCAGGUCACGCUGAUUAUAUUAAAAAUAUGAUUACGGGUGCUGCCCAAAUGGAUGGUGCUAUCAUUGUUGUGGCUGCUACCGAUGGACAAAUGCCCCAAACUAGAGAACAUUUGCUGCUGGCUAGACAAGUUGGUGUCCAACAUAUAGUCGUUUUUGUUAACAAGGUUGAUACUAUUGAUGAUCCAGAAAUGCUAGAAUUAGUCGAAAUGGAAAUGAGGGAGCUAUUAAACGAAUACGGCUUUGACGGUGACAACGCCCCAAUUAUCAUGGGUUCUGCCCUUUGCGCUUUGGAAGGUCGUCAACCUGAAAUUGGGGAGCAGGCUAUCAUGAAGCUUUUGGAUGCAGUUGAUGAGUAUAUUCCUACACCUGAAAGAGACUUGAACAAGCCUUUCUUGAUGCCCGUUGAAGAUAUCUUUUCUAUCUCUGGUAGAGGCACCGUGGUCACUGGUCGUGUGGAAAGAGGUAACUUAAAGAAGGGUGAAGAAUUAGAAAUUGUUGGUCACAACACUACCCCUUUGAAAACAAUUGUUACUGGUAUCGAGAUGUUUAGAAAGGAAUUGGACUCUGCUAUGGCAGGUGACAACGCCGGUGUCCUACUUAGAGGUAUCAGGAGAGAUCAAUUGAAGAGAGGUAUGGUCCUAGCUAAGCCAGGCACCGUUAAAGCUCAUACCAAGAUUCUAGCCUCUUUGUAUAUUUUAUCCAAGGAGGAAGGUGGUAGGCAUUCCGGGUUUGGUGAAAACUACAGACCACAAAUGUUUAUAAGAACUGCUGAUGUUACAGUUGUGAUGAGGUUUCCUAAGGAAGUUGAAGAUCAUUCUAUGCAAGUUAUGCCAGGAGACAAUGUUGAAAUGGAAUGUGAUUUGAUUCAUCCUACCCCAUUAGAAGUUGGUCAACGUUUCAAUAUUAGAGAAGGCGGUAGAACUGUUGGUACAGGUCUAAUCACACGUAUUAUUGAAUAG